CGGAAGGAAGGUGGGGGAGCCGGGAGAGACACGGCGAGGGGAUUGACCCGGCCGCCUGGGACACUCACCUUUCGGGUGUUCAGAUUUGCUGGAAUCACUGAAGUAACAUGGAUUCUACUCCAGUAAAUACCGAAUUCUCUUCAACAGAAAAUAAGACCCAGAAUUUACUUAGUCAUCCAAGAAUCCUUACUGUGGAAGAGAUUGAAAAUAUCAGUCAACGAUGUAAAGAAGAAAGCUUCUGGUACAGAGCGCUUCCUCUAUCCUUUGGAAGUAUGCUUAUUACUCAAGGACUAAUUACGAAAGGGAUUAUCAAGACUGCUUCUUUGAAUACAGUAGUGGUUGUUGGUGUUUUGGCAUUUUUUGCUGGGAAAAUGUUAUACGUUAAAAAAUGUACCCAGAGGUAUGGAAGUCUUCUCGUGCCAUUUGGACCAAAACAGAACAGGAAAUAUUCUCCUACAGAUGAAGAAGGCAAAGUAAAUCCUCAAAUGAAAAAAACAGAUACUUCUGUUUCUUAAAACAAGCGCACAUUACCAAAAUUAAUAUUUUACUCAUGUUAAUGUAUUCCCCACUCUGUGUGAAUAUACUGUACAGAAUUAUGAUGAAUAUUGGAAUAAAAUGAUUAUUUUUGUGUAUUAGUACAAGGGUCCCCAACCCCCGGACCAUGGACCAGUACCGGGCCGUGGUGUGCCAGCAACCGGGUUGCACAAACAAGCAAAGCCCCAUC